UAUAAUUAUUAAGAAACAUUAGUGAGCUCAUGGGCUCCAAUAAUGGGAGGCCGUCUGUCCCAUUUCCAUUUUCAUAUUGAAGGCCAAGACAAAACUGUCAACACAUUCAAGUCUUGUGGUGUUUUUUGAAUUAUACUAUCCAUCAUCACAAUAAGCACUCUUGGGUUACUUGAGGGGUUCCCUAAUCUAUGUGGAUUAGGUGGCUAAUCACACACUACUUUACUCUACGAUUCUUCUAUCCUCAUACAAAAACUAUGUUAAUGACCAACAUGCACUUAUCUAGAUGCAAUAGUCUUACUGCAUUAAACUAAACAAACUGCUUUUGAACAAGGUCAUGUUGUUAGGUAGAUGUAAAAUUGUUCAAUGGUUUGUUCAGAUGCUCACCAAAUAUUACUGCUUUUUCUUUUUUCAAUCUCUUCCACCUAAACGUUUCUCAUGUUCAUUGAUCUUGAAUUAAACAUAGCGAAGAUGCUUAUCCACAUUGAUCCAGCUAUAUAUUAAUUUAUAUAUAAGUAUAUUCUUUGCCUCCAAUUUGGACGUUCCUAGUAGUCAUCAUCACAUGUCAUAAAAGUGUGAUGUUGCUACUUCCUCCAUUGGUCACUGUGAGCUUUUCUUUUUCCUCCUUCCUUCCCCCCCUUCUUUAGCAGAAUUGUCACAUGAGAGAGCUCACUUGCAGUAUACUGCUUCAUCUCACAUGAACUUUCUCAUUCAGACUUUUGGAGAAUUUAUUGUUUAGGAGUUUGUCACAUGACAAAAUCUAGUUGGGGUUUUGUUUUUGGUCUAGGAAGUGGUUACAGUUAAAAGUAGUGUUUUUCUGGGUUCCUGGAUCCCCUUCUAAAUUUUUUUGACCAGCUGAGUUAUGUAACUAUAAUUUAUUGGGUCUUGUUCCCUUUCCUCCUUCAUAGGCUUCAUUGGGUUCUGUUUCAACUUUUGCCCUCCCCAAUGAAAAUUUGACCUUUAGCUCUUCUCUCUCUCUCUCUCUCCUGCUCCCACCCUAUUAUAAUGUUCACACAACACAAGUUUGCUUUGGAUUUACAACACUAGGAGGACUGAGGCAGUUGGUUGGUUAAGUGGAAAGGAAAGAUCCGGUGUAUAGAUUUCUUCUGUUGGGAAAUUCUGUUUCGCUUUAGAUUUGUUUCUUUGGCUAAGAACUUGUUGUGGUUGAAAUGGGGAAGCUUAGUUUGGGCAGGGUGCUAGACAGGUUUUGCCUUUCUUCUACUGGCUCAAGUUCUUGUUUCUGCAUGAACUCCAUGGAAAACGAAGACGAGUUUGAAAGAAGUCCAUUGGUAACCGGUGAGAAAGAUGAGUUUCUGAGACUGAAGGAUGUUGUUGCUGGAAAACAGACAUUGGCGUUUCAAUUGAAGCCCAAGAUGGUGAUGUUAAGGGUCUCCAUGCACUGCAAUGGCUGUGCCAGAAAAGUUGAGAAACAUAUCUCAAAGAUUGAAGGAGUGACAUCGUACAAAGUAGACUUGGAAAGCAAGAUGGUGGUUGUGAUUGGAGAUGUUCUUCCUCGCGAAGUGCUCGAGAGUGUCUCGAAGGUUAAAAAUACAGAGAUUUGGAACUCCCCAUGCUGAUGGCCAUGAACAAUAUACACAUAUAUAAAUAUAUAUAUAUAUAUGUGUGUGUCCAUUGUCAUAAUGUACACUAUAUAAUAUACCGCCCGCAUUUUUCAGGCUCAGGCCUCUCUCUAUUCUAUAUCAUAUAUGCAAGUUCUUGUCAAUGGCUUGUCAUCUUUGAUUGUACGCUCACAUUGUAUAUUAUCAGUUUCAGAAGGGCUGAAGCCCCCACUUUGCCGUUCUACUA